ACGAACCAGUGUCCGGAAGCAGAUCGUGAUCUGAUCUCACCGCAAAGCGAAAGUGAAAGUGCCCGGCGUGCCGUGACGCCUGUGGGAAGGUGCGAAGAUCCCGUUCCGAGUGACUGCUUGCGCCCAACACGACUGGCUCGCUCGACAGUUGGAGGCACACUCUCCAACGCUCUUCACUCCUCGCCACUAUUGCUCCACUUUCCGGCGAGUUCAUUUCGCGAAAUGGCUGGCGCCAACUUGUUUCGUUCACGUGCAAACUGGAAACACACAAGGCACCGAGUGGGACUGCUUUCGGAUCAUACUCUUCCGGUCGAACUAGCCAACCUCAGGCAAGCUUGUGAUCCCCACUGCAUCUGGAUAUAUGUUGCACAAGACCGACGUGGGCCUGAUUCGAGCCGGUUGGGCUCAACAGCUGAUUCACGAAAAACCGGUCGUCUCAAGAAACACUCACUUCAAGCGCCCCAAACGGUGGCUGCAUCGCUUCGAAGUGAAGAGGAGUUGUGGAGCAACCAAUCUGGUCUUCUCUGCCUUCUGGGAAAGCAUUCUUGCAAAACUGGCCAUUUAACGCUUAGGAAGCCCAGGGUCUGGCCAUUCGCGGUUGACUGCCGAUUUCCACGAAUCUUCCAAGUUUGGGGCCCGGCUUUGUCUUCAGCCGACUGUACAUUUUCAGCACCAAUUGUACCCUCGCGCUCAGACGCCCAGUUGAAGGCAUUAUGCUUUGUCAUGGAACCAAGACCUGGGUUCUGUGGCCUCUUCGACGGCCCGUCGAAAGUUUAUGUGCCGGCCUCGAACCGGAGUCCGACACGGGCUUGUGCCGAGACCAACCGACCAUGCAGGCCCGAUUUCAGCCUGGCAGGGGACCCACACUUGGCUACAUGUUGCGGUGGAAUUCCGCUGGAAAGACUGGCUUCUGACGACCCCAUCAACUACUGGAACUCUGAACGCCAAGCGAUCCAAGCGCCACUUUCCUGCAGAAAGCAGACGCAGAUAUCCUCCUCAAUUUGUUGUUAUGGCGCCCUAAAGCGUUGCAUUCUCUCGAGUCAGAAUGCGCCAGUCGGUUCACUUUGUCAAUCAUCUCAACUUGCAAGUAGCAUUCCAUGCUUCCUUCGUGUGAUAUUUCGGUAUCCUUUUUCCUGCAAAGCCUUUGCUGUUCUUUUCGAUCCUCUUUCGAUCGGCUAUUCCGACUCGGGCCUCCAAUCCCGAUCUGCUCAUUGCCUCGUAGAUCCGUUUUUUGGCUUUCUGGUUGACAACAGGCGCUAUUUCGCAAGGUCCUAG